UUUCUUUUACGCCUCACCCCCUUUUCUUUCGUUUUACCCUAAUUUCUUCGACAGACACAACACACACACAGACACUCUCUCUCUCUACCCUACCCAUCGUCCGACGAUCUGCACUGAACGGCGAUCUACACUGAGAUUAGAACACAGGCGAUUCGGAGAGUUCACGAGAACAUUGAUAAGACGUUGAAAGCGGCAGAGGUUAUAUUGUCUCAGUUUGACCUUUCUCGCCGGAAGGAGAUCCAAGUUACAAAUUUUGUUUCUAGAGGAGCACAAAUAGAUGGAGGACUGGGAGGACGAGGCAAUUCCACCUCUUGUCAAAAAAGAGCUACCAAAGAGUUCGUGGGAGGAUGAAGAUGCAGAUGACAAUGAUGUGAAGGACUCUUGGGAGGAUGAAGAUGAACCUGCGCCGGCACCUGCGCCUGCACCUUUACCUCAACCUCCUGCAGAAAAGGUCGUCAAGAAGACAAGUGCAAAAACUAGUGAAAAGAAAGGAAAAACUGUUGAAGUAGCAACGGAAGUGCCACUAGAUCCAGCAGCAGAAAAACUUCGACAAGAAAGGCUUGUGGAAGAGGCUGAUUUUAAGUCUACCAGAGAUUUGUUUGGUAGCAGAGAUGAUGGGAAGACCCUUGAUAAUUUCAUUCCCAAAUCUGAAAGCGACUUCUUAGAAUAUGCAGAACUCAUUUCUCAUAAACUUCGUCCGUAUGAGAAAAGCUUUCAUUAUAUUGGAUUGCUUAAAGAUGUGAUGAGAUUGUCAAUGACUGCUCUUAAAGCGGCAGAUGCGAAGGAGGUUGCCUCUUCUGUCACUGCUAUUGCAAAUGAAAAGAUAAAAGCAGAGAAAGAAGCCAAUGCCGGUAAAAAGAAGACAGGAGCCAAAAAGAAACAGUUACAUGUUGAUAAGCCGGAUGAUGAGGCGGUAGUUGAUGCCUACGAUGCUUAUGACGACUAUGAUUUUAUGUGAGAGCUUUUUUGGUCAACUGCGGUACACCAUUGUAUCUGGAUUUCUCCCAAAGAAACUUAGGAUCUUGUGUUUUAAGAUGUUCAAGUAGAGAGCCGAGGAUCCUACGGCAUUUUGUGCUCCAAAUCAUGGAGAUUUGAGUGUGUUAAAAUUGCAGUUCUGUUGAAUAAAAGUAUUUUUGAAAAGCACAUUUUGUUGUGUGGUGAAUUGUCUAUAUGUCUAUAGACUACAUGUUUGUUGGUUUCUCUGUACUGUGUCAGUGUCAGUCCAUCCAGUGGAUCAUUCAAAUAUAAAAAAUAUACAUCAAUAAGUUCCGAAUUUUUAGUUGCCAUUAA